AUGCAUUAUGCGAAUGCAGUUGAAAAUGAUGGUAUUGAUGAUGUCAACGAACUAAAUCAAGCUAUAGCAGCACCUGAGCAAGUAGGCUUACAAGAUCAAGAAGAUGUGGAUAUGGAAGAUGUACAAAACAUAGGCCCACCCAUGCAAAUAGAUUUGAGGCGUAAGGUAACACUGUUUCUUCUGAAACUGAGAGAGUUACAUAAAGUGCCAGGGACUGUUUGUAGUUUUGUUGCAUCAGAGCUGGUAAAUAUUUUGCAGAUGUCUAAAGCAAAGGUGCAUUCUGAGUUGGAUGCAGCACUUCUUGAAGAUGGUGUCAAUCGGGAUGCGAUUGCAACUGCCAUGGCUGUUAUUCAGUCAACAGAAUUAGAGGACAUUUUUCACAGUUUGGAGGAUAACAGAAAACUGAGUGGUUAUGUUCAGUCUGAGUUCCCCUAUGUUGAACCAAUUGAAUUUGUACUUGGAGUAGAUAUUAAGGGAAAAUGUGAAUCCACACAGUACAUACCCAUUUUGAAAACAGUGGAGUUACUCUUACAGAAUGAGGAUAUAUUUGCAGAGGUUGUGCAGGGUCAUAUGUCUGAGGAUGGUAAAUUGAGGGAUUUUUGUGAUGGUGCUUUCUUCAGGGAAAAUGUUUUAUUUGCCUCUGACUCUUCAAGUUUACAGGUCGAGUUAUAUUAUGAUGACUUCAACAUUGUGAAUCCCCUUGGAAAUAAGGUCAAGAAUUACAAACUUGUAGCAUUUUAUUUUGUGCUGGGAAAUUUGUCACCACAAUACAGGUCUAAGUUGCACGUCCUCCAGCUUGCUCUUUUGUGCAAAUCCAAACACUUGAAAAAGUAUGGAUUUAAGAAAGUACUACAGCCGUUGAUUAAUGAUCUGGCAGUGUUAGAAAAGGAUGGUGUUUGUGUGAAUAAAAAUGGCCAUGAGCAUCACUUCAGAGGCACAGUGUCAUUUGUUUCAGCAGAUAAUCUUGGUGCUCAUUCACUUGGAGGAUUCAAUGAAAGUUUCAAUGGCUUGAGGAUCAGUCGUUUCUGUAUGGCCACGAGACAAGAACUUGAUGAAUGCUUGACUGUUGAAAGUUGUGAAAUGAGAACAAGGGAGAGCUACAAUGCACAGGUUACAAUGGUUUCCGAAGAUAGGACAUUGGCGACAGCAUAUGGCGUGAAGACCGAUUGUGUUCUUAAUGAGCUUGAAUACUUCCAUGUUACUAGGGGACUUCCGUCGGACAUUGCUCAUGACCUUUUUGAGGGGCUUGUGCCCGAGGUACUUCAGAAUCUUGUAUUGUACUUUGUGUCUGAGGAUUACUUCAGUCUUGACCACUUUAACACAAGGAUUGAGAGUUUUUCCUAUGGUAAAACUGACAGGGUGAAUAAACCCACUAGAAUGGCUUCAACAGUGGCAGAUUUCAGGGUUAAGCAAACAGCUAUGCAGUGUUGGUGCAUGUUGAGGCUGUUCCCAAUUUUAAUUGGCGACAAGGUUCCUGAGCACAACCCUCAG